GCGGCGUAUGCGUAAUGUGCUCGCAACAAAAUCAACGUUAUGCAAAUUUUAAUGCGAGCAUAAGGCGGAAACGAAACGUCGCUACGCUUGCCAGUUUUCUCUUGAUUCCUGUUACGUAUAUUACUAGGGUAUCAAGUGGGGUGUGAUGGUACUUCAUUGGGUUCUUUUAUGUGGGAAAAACUGAAAAAAAAACGCAUUGGCUGCUUUCUUACCUUGUUUUUUGUCAAUUAAAUUCAUGAUUGAUAAAUCAUGAUUGAAAGAAAAUGUUAGUAAGUCCAGAAAAUAUCAGAAAUAUGUGCCAACUCUGUAAACAAAAUUUAUUUUCUUUAAUCAACAAAUUUGUUUUUCUCAUUUUAAAUGAGAUUAAAAAAAAACUAGCCUACUUUUCAGGGCACUACUUUUAACAAAAGAAUCAGAAAUAAAAGCAAUCAUUUAUGUGAUUAACCAUUGUAAAUGUUAAUUUAAGCAAAAGAAGCCACAACAAACCAAUUUCAGCUUUCCGGACAAUUGAGCAAGGCCAGGGUAUCGCAUAAAUCCAACCCCAAAUCUGCUCAGGACUCCUUUGUCCUCCCAGUCGCCCUGCAGUCGUACUUGUAUUUACAUAUGCGUAUGUAUGUAUUCCUUGUUUCCUAGAGCUCACUCCUGGCGCAAAAUUACACUUUGUUGGCAGAGUACACACUGACAUACCAGUGAAGCAAAGGCAAAAUAAAAAAAAAAUUGUAAUGAGCUUAUUAAGUCAUAUUAAAGUCCAAGUACAACCAAUUUGAUAAAAACAGCAACUGACAGCAGUCUGGCGACACACACAUGAAAAUGUUUUUAUGCGCCAUUUUUUACGAUAGCAUUUGGCAUUAAUGUUAAUAACAAAUGGCGUAGACACGAGCUGUAUAUGUAGGCAAUGCACUGAAAAAAAAAUGUAUUAUUAUGUUUAAAAUAUAAGAGAAAGAAGGGCGGCUUUUGUAGUUUAGGAUUAGAGAUUUUAAUAGGUAAGAUUUCUUAUGAUUUUUUUGUCCAUUUCUUGUCUUCUUCUUUGUAAUUUUUCAUUCUGAUUUACAUACAAUUUUCUCUAAGUGCACGUAAUUUAUUUGAAUGAUGUAAAUGAGCUCGACAGCAGGUGGCUUAACAUUUUUAUUCGCUCCGCACUGCGGUAAAUUGUUCUUAACUCGGCUUAAUUGUGGAUGAUCAAAUGGCUGGGGAGUUACCAGUCAAAUUUAUUUUGAUAAAAAUUUUCAAAAUUCAUGCAAGGCUGAGAACGAAAGCUACAACAACAGAAUAAAUGUAUAAUUUUUAGGGAAUAAAAGGUGUAAAAAGCAAAAACAGAGAUGCUGGAUCAAUUUUUUACUUCAAAACUGGGUCCCAAUUUGGAGACAGCCUCAAGAAUCCUAAGAAGUCCUCUUGGUCAGGCAUUAAUCUCUUUUAUGCUGGGCUACUUGGCCACCACAAAGCUGUCGCAAAUUUAUAACAAACUCAAAUUGGAUUCAAAUAAGUCCGAAGAAUUGGUGAACAAUAAAGAUUUUGGAUCAGAAGAAUAUAGUGAGGAUGUAUCCAAGGAAGAUGAUAUUGUCCUUCUCACUCUUGAAGAACUAACUGCUUUUGAUGGCACCAAUCCAGAUCUUCCUAUCUAUACAGCCCUAAACGGUCUGAUCUAUGACCUUAGCCCAGGCCGUGAGAAGUUCAUUAGCCAUGGCCCUUACGCCCUCUUAGCCGGUUGCAAUGCCAAUAAGGUCCUGACUAUUGCCUGUCGUUCUAUGGGCUUCAGCCCUGAUGAUGUCAUAAAACGUUGGGAGAAGAGUCUCAAAGCAGAAUUUAAUGCCGUGGGCUAUCUCAUUGAUGCGGAUAUGGAUUAUAUUGCUAAAGAACUAUACAUAGAUGAUGCGGAUAAAAAGGAGCAAAGUGAAUGCGAUUAAAAAAGCCUUGUAUUUCCCUUUCUUUUAGUUUGGCAAUAAAAUUGAAUUAAAUCUUUUUA